AUGCACGGGUGGCUCAGUAGGGCGAAGCUUCGCGCAUUCGACGGAAACAAGUUGGACAAGACAACGAAAGGGCAGGGACUGGCUUACUACACCAGGAAUGAUCGCUUUAUUCUAGAGAACUACCCCAAGUGGUUAGAAACCUACGCUGAGAACGAGAAGUCUGAAGAAAAUUGCAGGCGUGCUCUGGAACGUCUACUUCAGCACCGUUCCUACUCUCCUUCGAAAAUCUACAACAUGGACGAAACGGCCAUUCAUUUCGACAUGCCGCCAUCACGAACUGGGCUAUUAAAGGACGAAAAGGGUCUGAUAUAA